UGAGACUUCCAAUGAAGCGUAAAAAGUCGUUAUGAUGAUCCGUCUGCUACAAAUUUUGCUUGUAACUGUCUUUCAAGGUUUAUCUACUUUGUCCCAACAACCUUUACAUAGAGUUCCAGAUCAUAAGCUUAAUACAGAAGCCAUGAUAGCCCCAUCACUAUCCCCAUUCCCAAAUCCCCUCCCUCUCCCUCUCUCUUCCCAUUUCUAAUUUCUCCACCCCCACAAAUAUAGGCAAAGUCUGCACGCAGCAGAGAAAUUCAUAUAUGUAUAAAUGAUAUGGAGUGAUCAACAAGAACACCAGCAAAUACAAGCUGGCACGUUCCAAGAUUGGCAUAUAACAUCAGGAAAAUCCCACCCCAAAACCCUCUAAACCCUCCAUUCCCACAACCCUUUUCUCUUUUUAUCAAACCCUCCCCAGAACAUGAUUAAUCAGAUUGAUUGAUCGAUUACUACUCUAUACGUACGUCUAACAAGAUUCAGCAACAAUGGUUGGACAAUCAAGGAAAUGGAUGAUACUCGUGGCAACAACAUGGAUUCAGGCAUUUACGGGCACGAACUUCGACUUCUCGUCCUACUCCUCCCAAUUGAAAACGGUUCUUGGGAUAUCUCAGGUGCAACUCAACUACCUUUCUGUGGCCUCAGACAUGGGCAAGGCAUUGGGGUGGUGUUCAGGUGUUUCCCUCAUGUAUUUUCCUUUGUGGGCUGUCAUGUUCAUGGCUGCCUUCAUGGGUUUGUUUGGUUAUGGUCUCCAAUGGUUUGUCAUUCAAAGAACGAUCACCCUGCCCUAUGUUCUGGUAUUCCUUUUGUGUUUGUUGGCAGGAUGUAGCAUCUGCUGGUUCAAUACAGUCUGCUAUGUAUUAUGUAUUCGGCACUUCCAAACCAACCGGGCACUUGCAUUGUCCCUAACAAUUAGUUUCAAUGGCGUAAGCGCAGCCCUAUACAGCCUCAUUGCCAAUGCGAUAAACCCGGCCGAUGACAACCUCUACCUCUUAUUGAAUGCAGUAGUUCCACUCUUCACAUCUGGUGUUGCGCUAAUCCCUCUGCUUCGUCGACCACCUCCGAUUCAGCCACUGUCUCGUGAGGCUACUUAUCGAGACUCCAGGAUUUUUCUUUGCCUGAACAUCCUAGCAGUGGUAACAGGCCUAUAUCUCCUCCUCCUCAACUCACUGUCCUCUAAGAUAUCAAAUGCUCGAAUUCUCUUGGUUGGUGCUAUUUUUCUCCUGAUCUUACCUUUGUGUCUGCCUGGCAUUGCAUAUGCUAGGGAGUGGGCUCGUCGAAACAUGCCCUGGAGCUUCCAGAAUGAUGACUCGUCAAACUUCAAUCUGGCCAACCCUGAUGAUCUUGAGCUCCAUAAGGAACUCAUUGCUGAAAAUGAAAGUGGAAAUGUGGUGAAUGCCACUUCUUAUGGGAUGGUAGACAAGCAAGGUUGUUCAUGGUGUUUUGGGAAGGUGAUGGAGAAAGACAGGUUGACAGUGCUAGGGGAGGAACACUCUGCUCGGUUGCUCAUACGCCGGUGGGAUUUUUGGCUAUACUAUGCUGCAUAUUUUUGUGGCGGAACUAUUGGAUUGGUCUAUAGCAACAAUCUUGGGCAGAUUUGUGAAUCACUUGGAUACGGUACCAAGACCAGUUCUCUUGUCACACUAUACUCUUCAUGCUCCUUCUUUGGUCGUUUACUAGCAGCUUCCCCGGAUUUCCUGCGCGAUAAGUUAUACUUUGCAAGGACUGGGUGGCUUGCAGUUGCGCUGGUACCAACACCAAUCGCCUUCCUCCUGCUUACUCUAUCAGGCAGUGAAGCAAUGUUGCGUGCCGGAACAGGCUUGAUCGGGAUAAGCUCUGGGUUUGUGUUUUCUGCAGCGGUGUCAGUAACAUCAGAGCUUUUUGGGCCAAACAGCGCGGGUGUAAACCACAACAUCCUCAUCACCAACAUCCCUAUUGGCUCACUCCUCUAUGGCCUUCUUGCAGCUUUGGUGUAUGAUUCCAACGAAGGAAGCUCACUAAUCCGGGAGAACUUUUUAAAAGAAGCAACAUUGUGCAUGGGUAGGUCAUGCUACAGGCAGACAUUCAUAUGGUGGGGCUGUAUUUCAGUUGUAGGGUUAGCAUCAAGCGUCCUGUUAUUCCUACGGACCAGAGCUGCUUACAAUCGUUUUGAGAGGAACAGAUGUCGAACAGAGUCCUCCUCUUAGUUUUAGAUUCAAAUUUUGGUGGUAGAAGUUUGCUAAAUGCUUAUAGAUGUGUGUGCAUCUCAAAGACAUUUAACAAUAUCACAACAUAGAAAUCGAUACAAGUGUUUCCUGUUUUUGACAGAAAAGAUGAAGUGAUUCAUGUAACAUUGUACAUGUUAAGAUAACAAAGAGAAAAGGACACAGUUCUGUAGAAGAGUUUUAGAAAAUUUUACUCAUGCUAUUGUUUUUUCUUUAACAUCCUUUGUUUAUCCUGCUGUUGCAUGCACAGACUAAUUGGAAUAAUGUUUUGCUAAAGGGUACCCAGUACGCAAACAAUAGAUGCUCAUGUAACAAAAGAAUCAUGUCAAAUUAGAACAGAACAACUAGACUGGAACAUCUGAAACUAAACAUAUUCUACAUUUGAAAGAGAUCCUAUAAUCAAAAUUAUGUUAUCUCCAGACCAGAAAUGUUGUUUUGGAAACUCAGAACAUAUAAGGUAUAUAACUAUUCAUCAUUAAUAUUGCCAUCAACUACAACGGGUGUCUCCACCAUUGACCUUGUUUAGAAGUUCAGAUUGGAUGUCAUCUUUGAGAACUUGGACUCUUAAUAUUAGCUGCGUGCUUCAGACUCCAUAACUUCUAACAAAGAUGCAAUUUGAACCUUAAAACGGUUGUCAAUCAACAAUUGUUUUCAAGG